AUGAAUCUCGGUGCAUUUACUCUGCUAUUGGCACUAAUCAGUGGCGCCAGCAGCCAUUAUUACUAUGAAUAUUACGAUUUUCCACUACCAAUAUAUGGGCAGUCAUCUCCAAACUGCGCCCCAGAAUGUAACUGCCCUGCAAGCUAUCCCUCGGCCAUGUACUGCGAUGAGCUGAAAUUGAAGAGUGUGCCAAUGGUGCCUCCUGGAAUCAAGUACCUUUAUCUGAGGCAUAACCAGAUUGACCACAUUGAUGAAAAGGCUUUUGAAAAUGUAACCGAUCUACAGUGGCUCAUUCUGGAUCAUAACCAUCUAGAAAAUUCUAAGAUAAAAGGGAAAAUUUUCUCUAAACUAAAACAACUGAAGAAGCUGCAUAUAAAUUACAACAACCUGACACAAUCUGUGGGCCCACUUCCCAAGUCUCUGGAGGACCUGCAGCUUUCCCAUAACAAGAUCACAAAUCUCGGCUCUUUUGAAGGACUGGUAAACCUGACCUUCAUCCAUCUUCAGCACAAUCAGCUGAAAGAAGGUGGCAUGGCAGGUGCUUUUAAAGGUCUUAAGUCGCUCGAGUACCUCGACUUGAGCUUCAAUCAGAUGACCAAACUGCCUUCUGACCUCCCAACAUCUCUUCUAACUCUCUACUUAGACAACAAUAAGAUCAACAACAUUCCUGAUGAAUAUUUCAAGCGUUUCAAGGGACUGCAGUAUCUGCGUUUAUCUCAUAAUGAAUUGGCCGAUAGUGGAAUACCUGGAAAUUCUUUUAAUGUGUCAUCUCUGCUUGAGCUGGAUCUCUCCUAUAAUAAGCUGAAAAACAUACCCACUGUCAACGAAAACUUAGAAAACUAUUACCUGGAGGUCAACCAACUCGAAAAGCUUGAUGUAAAGAGCUUCUGUAAGAUCCUGGGACCAUUUUCCUACUCCAAGAUCAAGCAUUUGCGCUUAGAUGGCAACCGUAAUAUCACCCAUACUAGUCUUCCAGCUAAUAUGUAUGAAUGCCUACGUGUAGCAAAUGAAAUCACUGUUAAUUAA